UGAGAAAUAUGCUCAUCCUGGCUAGACGUGGUUGUAUGCUGUGGGAAUGAAUACACACUUUCCCACAAUAUAGAUCUCUAGCUAAUAGUACUAGAUUCAUAGCUCUAUAGCUUUGCUCUACAGUAGAUCUACCAUAAAAAGGGGCGUACAAGGCGGGCUCAGAUCGACCGUGGUAAGUUAGAUUAUUGGCUAGGCAGUGUCUAAAUUUUAUUCUAAGCUUAGGCACCAGUCAGUAUCAUUUCUGGAUAGAUCUGCCUCUUCUAUCAAGGGUAAAUAGAUACUCUUCACCUAGUGUCAGAAAUUGGUGAUCAAAGAAUAUAUCUACUUCUUUCAAUUUGUUUCCUCUUACAAGUUUCUGUGCUUUACAUCUGACGUCUUGAUUUGUUCAUACCGUACCGUCAGCAAAGAAUCCACUAUGCAGAUGAUGGCCCACUUCAUCUCAACUCCUCUCACACACCCCAUUAAGCUGCAGCCCAUGACACGGUCCCCAGUGGCUGCCACUGCUGUUAUGGCACCAGGUGUGGCCAUUGUACCCGGCCACAAUCUAUGUGGACCAGCUGGUUUCUUUCCUGUUCCCAUGACAACACAACAUGGCCAAUCAGUUUCCAAUGGAUCCUUCGUGCCCGUUACAGUGCAUGGUUAUCCAGCUCAACACACACUGUAUCAGACUAGUGCUGACUCUGCAUCUUCUCUCCUGACCCCCCAGGCAGUGCAGUUCAUCACACCAGCUACCAACAUCACCAUGCACCAACCUAUGGCGAUGGAUAAGUUCGAACUGAAGCCCAACAAGCUAACCAAAGAGGCCAUGAGGCGUUACCUCAAACACAGGAAGAACUGCACGGUGGUCAUCAUGCAUGCCAAAGUUGCUCAGAAGUCUUACGGUCAAGAGAAAAGGUUCUUCUGUCCUCCUCCGACACUGUACCUGCUGGGCUCUGGUUGGGAGGAGAAGAGGAAAGAGAUGGAGCAGAGAAAGACAGAGGGAAAGAGUAAUGUAAUGCGUCCUCUGGCCUUCAUUGGGAUCGCCAACAACGAGCAAGAGAUGCAGCAACUCUCUCUAGAGGACAAAAAUUACUGUACAGCCAAAACCCUCUACAUCUCUGACCAAGAUAAAAGGAAGAACUUCCAACUGGCAUGCAAGAUAUUCUUUGAUGAUGGUCGAGACACUGGGACAUUCCUGUCCAAAAGGAUUAAGGUCAUUUCCAAACCCUCCAAGAAGAAGCAGUCACUCAAGAACCCAGAACUGUGUAUACCCUCUGGCUCCAAGAUAGCUCUAUUCAACCGACUGCGGUCUCAGACAGUGAGUACCCGCUACCUCCAUGUGGAGGGUACCAACUUCCUGGCCAGCAGUCAGCAGUGGGGACACUUCACCAUUCAUCUAGUGGAUGAGAACGAGGACGAGGGGGAGGAGUUCACGGUUCGGGAUGGGUACAUCCAGUAUGGGUCCACGGUAAAGCUGGUCUGCUCUGAGACAGGAAUGGCCCUACCACGUCUGGUCAUACGGAAGGUGGACAAGCAGACUGUGUUAGUGGAUGCUGAUGACCCAGUGUCACAGCUGCAUAAGGUUGCUUUUUACAUGAAAGAGACUGAACGCAUGUACCUGUGUCUGUCCCAAGACAAGAUCAUCCAGUUCCAGGCCACCCCCUGUCCCACGGAGACCAACAAGCAGAUGAUCAACGAUGGUGCCUCCUGGACCAUCAUCAGCACAGACCGUGCAGAGUACACGUUCUACGAGGGCAUGGGUCAAGUGUCUGCCCCUGUCACACCCGUCCCAGUAGUGAGUGGACUCAAACUGUCUGGUGGGGCUGACCUCUCCAUGCUGGAGAUCAACGGGGAGGACUUUACUCCCGACCUCAAAGUCUGGUUCUCUGACGUUGAGGCUGACACAAUGUACAGGUGUGAGGAGAGCAUUAUGGCUGUAGUACCGGACAUCAGCUUGUUUGAUAGAGACGAAGCACUCACUAACAAGCCAUACCGAGUACCUCUGUUCCUUGUAAGAAUUGAUGGUGUGAUCUAUGCCACUGGGAUGACGUUCACUUACGCCACUCAAGAUAUGGGGGUGGGCUUCUCUUGUGCCCCACACAAUGAGCAAGGAUAUUUCUUCGGUGACACUGGUACAUCUCCUGAUCCUCGGUUACCCCUCGCUACCCCCAACCACAUAACAAGCCCCUCCUCCCUCACCAGCCCCUCCAGUGCCAACAGCUCCCACGCAGCACUACACAUACACGAUCGGUCACAAGGUCACUUGUCCUCCCAACAUCGCCCUCAGGCAUCAAUCUUCACAUUCCCCCAACACCAUCCCCCUGCGAACAUGGUCCAUAAUAGCCUCAACCCACUGCUUCAUCCUCUAAAUGUGAACGCUAACAACAGUAAUGAUCUAGGAGCCAGUGAUCUUGAUUUACAAUUUUCACACACACUGAAUUCUUAGUUUUUCUAUGUUGCAUUUGCAUAUCAGGUUAAAUAUUAUUCCGCCAGUUAUCCAGUGAAUUUGUACUCAAUAUCUUUCAGUUUUUAUACCAGCAAGGCUUUCUCAUCCAGUACUAUUUUUUGCCAGACUGCCAAUUCUAGUGUGUGUGCAUGUUCACUGUUUCUUGGUGUUCACUGUUUCUUGUCUUGUUAAAUAUUGGCACAGGUGUACCGAUCACUUAAUGUUACAUGUACCUUUGUGAAUGUAAUUAUAAUGAUUUCGAAGUCCUACAA